CAUACCCAAAAUGCGCCCCCUCACAGAAGAAGAGACGCAGACGCUCUUCAAGAAGCUUGCGGAGUACUGCGGGUCAGGCCUGAAGGAGCUUAUCAAACCGCUUGAUUCUUCUCCCAACGCCGAUCGCUAUGUCUUCCGACUGUCAGGCAACCGUGUCUAUUACUCCCUCUUGUCGAUAGCCAACGCAGCCACCGCAUUUCCUCGCGAUCAGCUCCUCUCCCUCGGAAUAUGCAUGGGCAAAUUCACCAAGACUGGCAAAUUCCGCCUCCACAUAACCGCGCUCCCCAUCAUUGCUGAGCACGCCCGAAAUAAGAUCUGGAUCAAGCCGAACGGCGUCAUGCCCUUCCUCUACGGUUCGAACGUAGCCAAGGCCCACGUCGCAAAGCUACCGGACGAGAUGGCUGAACACAGCGGAGUUAUUGUUUGCACGCAGGAUGAUGUUCCUCUGGGUUUUGGGAUUACGGCAAGGAGUACGGCGGAGGCAAGGCGGUUGGACCCCACGGGUAUUGUUUGCUUCCGGCAGGCAGAUUGCGGAGAGUACCUGCGCGAUGAGGAUACUCUGUUUGCUUCAGGGUAAAGGGUCACAGGACGUGGUGAAGAGUCAACUACCGGCUUCAUUUCCCAUACCGACGUAGCCACAAGUCGCAAAGGCGUUGGUGGCUGACGGGAUGGGAACCCAAUGCAUUGGCUUGAGGACCGGUAUAUUUGCGCGGUAAGGACUGCGCUGGACGAGUUCCAGUGGG